AUGAGUUUCACUGGUAAAGUGGCCAUCGUGACUGGUGCUUCCUCUGGGAUAGGAGCCACCACAGCUAAAGCACUGGCCAGAGAAGGUGCCAAGGUAGUCCUGGUGGACAAAGACGCAGAUAAACUAGAAGAAGUCGCCAAGGAAUGUGAACAGCAUGGCAACAAACCUCUCACCAUCACAGCAGAUGUCACUAAAGACGAAGAUGUCAGAACCAUAGUGAAAAACACUAUCGACAACUUUAGACAGUUAGACGUGCUGGUCAAUAAUGUGGGGAUUGCCAGGUAUGCCAGUUUCUUAGACAAAAAUCUGAUGCAAGAUUUUGAUCUACUUAUGAACACGAAUUUACGCUCCAUGGUCUAUUUGACACACCUCGCUGCUCCAUACCUGAUCAAGACUAAGGGUAACGUCGUUAAUAAUUCAAGCAUCGCCGCUUUGCGAGUAGUAGGCGAAUUCGAAGGUCCAUAUUCAGUUACAAAAGCUGGUGUAAGUCACUUCACGCGCUGCGUUGCCUUGGAUCUGGCUCCACAUGGGGUCAGAGUAAACGAGGUAGCUCCGGGAGGGACCAACACGAAUAUAUUAGAAAAUGCAGGGAUACCAAACGGCGAUGAAUUAUGGGAGGAAUUUAUUAAAGAACACACUGUUUUGAAAAAAAUGUCGGAGCCUGAAGAAAUAGCAGAUUUAAUUCUGUUCCUGGCGAGUGAUAAGGCUAGGAGCAUUACUGGAUCGACUUACGUUUGUGACAAUGGGACUCUAUUACUGUAAAUCAUAACCAAUCGGAAGUUUGA